AUGUCAGCCGCCGUGGCUUGCCUGGACUACUUCGCUGCCGAAUGCCUGGUGUCUAUGUCCACCGGCCCGGUGCUGCACCAGCGCGCAACCGACCCCGAGGGCGCGGGAGCAGCAGCAGUCGCCGAGGUGGGUGCGGUGCCUCGGGAGUCGGCGGGGACGGGCUCCGGGGCACGGGGAGUGCUGUGGAUACCCCCGGUCCUCCAGAUCCCCGCUCCUGGCCCCAGCGAGAGCGAAGAGUGUUCCCACCUGCUGGCUGCGAGCGCUUUGGCGGAUCUAAGCUGCAGUGGCGGGGAAUGCUCCCGGGAGGACUCGGGAGAAGCUCCGUGUGCCUCAACUAGCUGCUGCCAGCCGACUUGGUGCUCCAGCCCCACUGGGUGCUCCGAGCCGGUCCCCGCCUUCUUCGAGGAAGAGCUCUCCGGCGCUGAGGGCUCCUUUGGCGAGCCUGCCAUCCUGAGUGCACCUGAGGUCCCAGAAGACCCCGAUGACAGCGGAGAGGUGCCCGAGGGGCCCCCAGGGGCCGCCCCCCGGCCAGCAAUAGGCCCUACGUUCCGGAGGAGGCAAGUUACACCCGCAGCCAAGCGACAUCAGUGCUCCUUCCCGGGCUGCAACAAAGCCUAUUACAAGUCUUCGCACCUCAAGUCACACCAGCGCACCCACACGGGGGAGCGCCCAUUCUCCUGCGAUUGGCUCGACUGCGACAAGAAGUUUACGCGUUCUGAUGAGCUGGCCCGCCACUACAGGACGCACACCGGUGAGAAGCGCUUCUCCUGCCCGCUGUGCCCCAAGCAGUUCUCCAGGAGCGACCACUUGACCAAGCAUGCCCGUCGCCAUCCAACUUACCAUCCCGACAUGAUCGAGUACCGCGGGCGUCGUCGCAUUCCCCGCCCUGAGCCACCACCCCCAGCCAUGGUGGAAAGCUCCGGUUCCGACUCCAGCCCCGACUCUGGCCAGGAGACCAGCUUCACUGCUUGCCUGUAGGACUGUCCUUGCUGUCUGUCUUCCCCUCGAGCACAACUCCCCCAGGCCAUUGUCCUUGCCUUCUCUCUGUCCAUUCCUAUUUUCUAGGGUCGUUAGACAAAGGCACAGACUGGUUGCUCCGCUCUGAAGAUGGGUUCCAGACAAGCUUGUCGGACUCUGGAGAGGGACUGGGAGCCAGAACAUAGUGGGAAGUCUCAGCAACGCAAUUACCAUCUGAAAGGAACGGUUGCUUCAAAAGAGCCUGCAAGGAACCAGUGAGAAGGGAUGAACUUUCGGUACUCUUCAGCGUACUGAAGAUUCUUCCCUCCAUGACACCAGACAUGUAAAACUGAAUUCUCAAAUGCUUGAGGCACUCCCAGUCCCAAAGAACUCUGGUGUCUCAGCCAUUGACCAGGGCGGACCAUGGAGAUGGUGUCUAGGGUGGCAGUCUUGGAAAUGUCCAGACUUGAAAGAUGAGAGGCCUUUGGAAACAGAAAUUAUUUCUAUUUCUGUAAACAGCAAUGUUUACUAAUUUAUUUUUAUUAUCUUUUAAACAAAAAUUCCAGGUUCAUGGGAAGCUAAUGUCUUCCGCUCUCCCAAUUGCCCCAGCUACCUCUGUUUUGUGGAUGUAUGGCUGGGAUAUGCUUUUUUGUGCCUGGGGAGUGCUAUUGAGUCUGCUUGCAAUUCCUAUAGCAUAUUGUGGAACCCCGUGCUUGCAUUGUAGCCUUUUUCCUUUAUAAAAUUCCUUCUCAAGGGUGGUAACUUUCUGGCUCACUAUUAUGAGAAGUUUGGUUAAGUAAUUAGAAAACAACCAUAAUAGCACUAGAGAGAAAAGGCUGGUCUGAAAUAAUUUCUCCUUCACCUAGAAGGCAAGCCCAAGUAACUUUUGGGUGGGACAAAUACAAAACCAGACUUUUCACAACCUUUGAUAGCUGUUCAGAGAAACAGAAAAAUGAAGUUCCCACUGCCCCACCCUAAGUAAUCUCAGGCAUAAGUGAGGCUGUUCACCUCUUAGUGGCUAAGUAGGGCUUGAUUUCCAUGGAGGUCUGCACAUUGUUGUUUCUGUUACAGGUGAAUUGGUGGGUAAGGGGAAAAAAGUGAGAGAUUAGUUUAUAUUAGAGAGCUACUGUCUUGGAUUUGGAAAAGAAGCAGCUAGAUAAUAGCUAUUAUUAAAUAGGAGCAUCUUUCUCUAACAACAGAGUCUGAAGUUACAACCUUAGGGCCCUUCUGCCCCCUUAAAGGAAUCAGAGAUUUCUGUUGUGUGUUCCAGCUACUGUGGAUUGAAAUUAUUGGUGUGUGUGUGUGCCUGUGUGUGUAUGUGCCUGUGUUCCUUUCAUUAAAUAUGAGGCUGAAAGGCCUUUCCUAACCUGAUAAGGUCCCCUAUGGUCCCCUCCUGGAUAUCUUAGACCACCCCAUCAAUUAACUUGUAAAAGAUGUUGUAAUCUCAUGGGAUCAUAAGAGGCACCUGAUAAAGUCAAUUGCUUUCCCCUGUCUUAUAUAUUUAAAUGCUGAAGCUUAAAUUAUCUCAAAGUUAUAUGCUAAGUUUCUGGCAAGA